AUGAAAUUUAUACUUAUAAAAAGUGUAUUAAUAUUAAUAUUCUUUAUUCAAUUAGUCCACACAUUUCCGCCUGUAUCACCAGAAGAAGAAAGUAAUUGGAGAUUAAUUGAUGCUGUUUCUGAAACAACAAAAUUUGCUGCUCAAGAAUUAUCUGAUAAAGCUCUCGAUACAUGGAAAUCAUUAAGUUCUUCUAUUGGAGAAUGGGUAGGCAAUGCAAAAAAUAAUGUUCAAGUUGGUUUAAAUUAUAUAGCAAAUGAUAUUAAUGAAACAAAAGAAAAAAUUGUUUCAAAAGUAAACAAUUUUUCAAAUGUUGCUGAAGAAAAGUAUGGUGAGGUUAAGAAUUCUUUAAAAGAUAUUGCAGUAAAAGCAGAAAAAAUAAAAGAUAAUGCAAAAUAUAAGUUAGAAAAGAUUUAA